AUGAGUACAAGUGUACCACAACCAACAGGUUCUAAUGGACAAACAAUAGUAACACCAAAUGAACGACAAGCAUUAAUACAAAAAUUAACUUCAAAAUGGCCAUUACAAUUAUCAAAACGAAUUGAAGAACAAGCAUUUGAGAAAUCACAUGGCAUUAAACCUCAUUAUUUAAAAUUUGUUCAAGCUUAUUUUCAACAAAUUCAAACUGCUGUUCAUAAUCGUACCAGUCAACAACAACAACAACCACAAACACAGCCACAACCACAACUGCAACCACAACAACCUCAAAUAAAUCACAAUAUAAGAUUUCCAAAUCCACAAACAAAUCCUCCUCAACUACAAUCUAUAUCUAUUGUUAAUCAAGUUCAAAAUCCAUUAAAUCACAUGCCAAAUCUAACACCUCGUUUUCCUGUUGUUCAACAAGUACCACGAAUGAAUACUUCUCAACCAGUUAUUCUUAAUCAAAUGACACGAUUACGUGAACCACAAAAAUUUAAUCAAUCAUCUAUAAAUACAUUAUCCUAUUCUCAAUCUCCACCACCAUCAUCAGCAGCAACAGCAACAACAGUUGAUGUAUCUCAAGAUUAUCCAUCACAACAAAUUAAUGGUACUAAUCAAACAGAUUAUUCAUCACUUCAACCACGAUAUGCUGUUCAAUCAACAAUGAAUGUACCAAGACAACGAAUGCCUAUUUCAAGUAUCAAUUUUCAACAACAACAACAACAACAACAACCAAUAUCAUCCAAUAAAUCAAAUGAUAUUUUACAUCAAAUUUUUGUUGGAAAUUCAUCACCAAUGCCAAUAUCAUCAUCAUCAACACCAACAACAUCGACAACAGUAAAUACAAAUAAUUCAUCAACCGGUGAUCAAUUAUUACAACGAAUACUUUUAUCGAAUACAGACGGAGGAUCGAAUAAAAUAUUAAUACCAAAUCGACAAACAACACCAGCAAUUAUAUCGCAAUCAUCUCGACCAGUUAGCACUACGAACAGUAAUAUAAAUAACAGUACAAGUACGGUUCGACCAUCAUUAACAGCUCAACAAUUAUCACCGUCACCAUCGCUUGUUAUAAUACCAACACCAACUCAAACAUCUACUGUUCAAAUUCAACCAUCAAAUAAUAUAACAAUUCAACAAAGUCCUUUAAACAAUAAUAAUAAUAAUGGUCCACUUUCAAUCAAUUCACAAAUCGUGUCAACCAAUAGUUUAACACCAAUGAAUUCUAAUUAUUCAUCACCAACAAACCGUGCUUUAUCAGUGACUGGUAGUGGUAGUAUUUCAAGUCCUGAUGAUGAAAUAGUAAAUUUAAUAAAAUAUCUUAAAGAAAAUAUCAAUCGAUUACAACUUUUAUGUCAAAAAUUUACCAAUGAAGGUAAUACCGAUAAAGUUCGCCAAGUUCAAUCAGUUCAUCAACAAAUAUUGCAUUUCAUUAAUAAUCCAACAUAUGAAUAUUUACCACAUGCUAAACGUUUGCGUGAAAUACUUGAUCAAAUAUCUAAUCGAUUACAACAAGUAAAUAAUUCAUCAACAUCAAUAUCUACAACAACAACAACAACAACAACAAAUUCUACGACUACUACAACAAAUUCUCAAACAAAUGUAUUUAAUCAAUGUUUAAAAGCAACUAAAGAAUUUCUUGUACGUGAUCAAAAAGAUCGAAUAAAUAUAUUAAAACGAUAUCUUGAACCAUUAUGUGAUGUUAUUAAUGGUGUUCCACAUAAAAUAAUACGUCUUGAUGUUGAUAAUCCUUCAAUAAUAAAAAUUCGUUCAUCUAAUCAAUCAUCAUUAUUAUCUAAUCUUAAUGAUGAAAUUAAUCAAUUACCAGAUAAUAUUUAUUCAAUUGAAUAUAUAUCAGUAUCACGCACAAGAAAACAUAUUGAUAAUGAUGAUGAUGAUGAUGAUGAUGAUGAAUUUUUAAGUAAAAAUGGUAUUAUACUUCGAUGUAAAUUACUUGAAAAAUCAAAUCCUCUUAUACCAUCACUUCGUUUACAUAUAACAACAUUUUAUCCAGAACAACCACCAGAAGUUUUAUCAUUAACAAAAACAAUGCCGCCAAGAUUAGAAUUUGCAGAUGGGCAUCCGUUUUUUGACCAAAUCUCAUCAAUAUUUGUUUCUCAUCUUUUUAAAUUAAAUCCACAACAUACCGUAACCGAUAUUCUUAACAUUUGGCGUCAGUCUGUUCAGGCAGCCUUGUGA